UCUGAUUAUCUCCAAUGGUGGAGAUUGCCUGGCAUCUCUUGGCAUCUAUUCCAUUACUGAACCACCUUCAGUAGGAAGAAAGUUUUCCUUCUAUCUAUCAACAUUUCCCUGCUCAACAUAUGGCUGCUGCCUCCUGUUCCUCCCUUGUGCACAUCUGAGGAGAAUGUGGUUUAUUCUUCUAGGUGUAGCCAUUAGAUAAUGGGAAACUGAAGUUAGAUCCCACUUUGACUCCCUUCUCCCUAUCAAGACCAGUUUUCUGUCUCUCUCUGUAUGUCAGGUGCUCCAACUUCCUCACCACCUCACUAGCCCUCCAUUGAACUCUGUACAGUUUGUUGGCAUCCUUCUUGUACUGGGGGCCCACAACUGUACCCUGUAUCCUAGAUGAGACCUCAGGUGUGCCAAAUAGAGAGAAAUAAUUACUUCACUCUACUUCCAGCAGAGCUGGCUGUGCUCUUGCUAAUGCAGCCCUGUAUGUGUUUAGCUUUAAUCUCUGCAAGAGUGAUGAUAACCCACCAUAGAGAAGUAAAAAAGCAUAGAACUCUUGGCAGUAUAAACAGCUGCUGCCUGAUGAAUGCCAGAAGCCUAGGGAUGAGUAAAAUGAAAUGUUUAUUACCAAACUCCAGGGGCAUGCUACAGAUGGAUUCUUUGCUGAUACAAAGGGCUCUGGUGACUUUCCCAAUGAACUUCCAUUUUGCUGCUGCUGAAGGAUGGUGGGAGCAGACUGAGAACAUAGGUUGAAUCCAUCAAGGUCUGAAAAUCAAACAUUAUUAACAGAGCAUUUGGGUCUUCCAGGAUAAGAUCCCUUGGCAGUGACAGCCUUUCCAGCCCUGCUCUCUGUGGACGGGAGGAGCAUUCCCAUAGCGAUGGAGUCGUGCGGCAAAGCCGUGAGCUGCGUGCCUGCCGCCUUCUUGCUUCUGCAUCUAGGUCUGAUCUCCAGUAUGGCUCACCAACACGAAUUCCAGACUGGGCUCGCAGGAGGGGAGGUGACCCUAAACUGCACAGGCAUACUUCCUGACUCAAAAUUACCCCGGGACACAGUUGUGCACUGGAAGUACUAUGAUACUCCUUUAUGGUAUAUGGAAAAGGGUAGAUCUUGGAAAAAACCAGCUUUCAAUGCUGAUCGAUUUGUCAUCAAGAUGCAAUAUAAACAGCUGUGGGUGCGGAAUUUGAAGCUCUCCGAUGCUGGCAUCUACACCUGUGAAUAUGGCACUCACAAAGUCCGCACCUCACUGCACAUCUUUAAAUUGAUGAUCUCUUUGGAUGGGCAUUUUCUGCAAAAUGAAGUCCCUGAGCUGAUUUUAAUGCAAAAUUCAUCCAGUCCUCUACUCGAUCUCAGAAUCACAUUGUUUGACAGUAACAAUAACACAGUAAUGCCAGAAUUACAAAACAAGAGCCGUCAAAAAUACAUAAUGAAUUUAAAGAAACUAGAGGCUGUGGACAGCGGGACCUGGGUGUGUCAGGUCCAUUCAGACUCUCCAUUGAUUGAUCAGAACAUCCCCUUUGCUGUGAAGGUAUUAGGUUUUCAGAAUCCAAAUUUGGAAAGAAAGUAUGCAACUGUUGAUAGCAGUGUCAUCUUGUCAUGGCAUCUGAACACCCAGAAGAUAAAAUGGAAAGAGGGUUUCACAGGACAGCUGAAUUGGAAACAACAGGAAAGUGCAAACCCUCAUGAGCUGCUUGAUUUCAAUGUCACAGCACAAGGACAGCUGCAUGAGACCAAAAAAAGCAGCAACUUUCUGUUUGAGAUACCUGAAAGAAAACCUGAAAGUACCAUAGAAGUGAAGCUUCCCAAAGUGCAUUUCAACCAUUCUGGCCAGUAUCAGUGCCAACUGGAGUACCAAGGAAGACAUGCACAGAGCAAGAUAGAGCUGGUGGUGAUGAAAGUCUCAGCUAAGCCUGUUGGGCCACUCUCCAGGGGGGCCAAUAUGACCCUGACCUGCCAAGUCUCUGGACCGCUCCAACCCAAUGCGUACUUGCGCUGGGAACGUGUGAAUGGGACUAAGAUGGACAUUAAGAACUCAAAGCACAAUGAAGUAAAGUUGGAGGUGAACAUCAGUGUUGCAGGGCUGUGGAGCUGUCACCUCAUAGAAGACAGUGACAGAAAGAUCAGCCUUCAUUACCACGUGGAGGAAGCUGCUGUUUGGACUAACUAUGUGAUAAUUGGAGCAAGUGUUGGAGGCAGUUUAUUGGUGUUUGCCCUUGGGUGCCUGUGCAUCAUCAGUAAUAUAAGCUGGCAGCGAAGACGGCAACGGGCAAAAAGAAUGGCACAAGCAAGACAACACUUGCUGGAAAACAAGACAUGUCAGUGUCAACACCGACUGAAGAAGUAAUAAUGCAACACCAGCAUCACAAGGACUGCUGAAGUCUCUGCCUGUACCUAAACACCUGGCAGCCCAUAGAGCUCUGUGAAUCCAUCUCCCUUUCUCCUGUUUUAAUGUAAUUCUUUAUUCCUUCAUCGUUCCCCUAGUCUAAUGCCGUGGAGGGAGGUUGUCUGGCUAGGAGCCAAUGGACAAGACAAGAAACCCUGAGGAGUUAUGAUUGAUCCCCCAUUCUAUAAUGAGAGAUGCUGAACAGAAGAUAUGUGUGUGUAUAUAUAUAUAUAUUCAUGCAUAUAUAAUGUGCUUGUAUUUUGUUCAUGCACUUAAUUUGACCUUCUUGUGGAACCAAUUUUAUGCGCUUCUUUUAUCUGCCUGAGUGACAAUAAAUUACUUUGGGGUUGGGAGUUAUUUUUUGCAAGCUGGACUACAUUUUUUCUGAGGCACUCUUGUCUGGUUCAAAUUCACAUUUCUCUCUUUCCUGCUAGGAUGUGAAAUGCU